AUGUGGCCCAACACCCUGCAUGGCAUUGUUUGCAUUGUGGCUGCUGUGUGGGUGAGCGGGCAGCUGUUGGCUGCUGCUGGCCAGCAAAUGGGGCAAGCUUCACUGCAAUCUCAGCCCGUGGUAAUUACCCAAGAGCGGCUGAGGCUCCUGGAAGUGCCAGAGGGCGCCGACAUCCUGUUUGCGCUUGCAUCGGACUGCCCCCCACAGUCACAGCUAUCAACUGUGACCUUUGCCAGGAUGGGCCAGCUGUGCUUUAUCAUCAACAACCUGCGUUCCUGCCUGAAUAUAUCGAGCGAGGCUCCUCAGUUCCUCUUCAGGGGUUGCACCAAGGCCAACGGGUGCCCACCCAUCAAAUACACCCCCGAAGUCUCAGCCUGCAUCUUCAAAGGGCUGGGCAUCGAAGUGAUGGAGAGCAGGGACUGCCCAGAGUGCAGGUGUGGAAUCCCACCUGAAAAUGAAGGCCUCUUCAUUGAGAGAGGCUCCGCGACUGCCACGCCCGUUCCCAACGUCCCUGACUCCACCUGCUACGUGGCCCAGCCCGAGCAGUCAAACCUCACAGUACAGACGGUGUGCACCGACGGGAAGCCGACCACCCAGAACAGGUGGCACUUCCAGUUCCCGGAGGAGGCGAACGAAGGGGCUUACAACUGCCUGUUGAGCCGCCG